CGGAUCCCGGGGAACCUGCAGAACACGCGCACCAAAUCCAAGGCGAGCCGCCGAGAAAGAGAGAGAGAGAGGCCAGAGGGCUGGAUGUGCUCACACACGCACGCACACACGCGCACGCACACACACACACACAUAUGGUUGGUCGUUUGCAUGCCAGCGCGCGCGCCGAUGUCCUGGGAAUAAAACUGCAGCAAAUUGGGGAAUAAGAGGACGCGAGCACCGCCGCCGCUGCUGAACGCAUUUGCUCACUCCGCAACUGCUCUGGAGUAACGGGCACCGGGAUGGAUACGCAGCUCGGGGACUGAAGUGGACCUGCACCGCUUUCGCACCUUUUUUUCAUUCCGGAUUGUGUGGGUUUUGUUUUUUAAUUUCUUUUUCCAUCCGUUGCGUUACCGGUUCGGUCUGUCUGAUUUUUCCAGGCUGCGCUUUUUUCAUGUCGUCCGUUCUCCUCCAGUGUGUUCUGUCUUUAUUUUAUCUGACUGCUGCCUCGAUGUUGGGAGGAUUGAUGGUGAGAAGAUUCCGCGCUACUACGCUGCUGCUGCUGCUGAGAGAAAAAUAGCCAAGCCGCUAAACUGAGCCGUGUCAUGGAGGGCAAACUUCAUUUGUAUCUGCGAAACGAAUCCGGGAAUAUCGAAUAACUACUGCUGACAGAGAGCAGGACAAAUGACAUAGGAUGAACACUGCUGGUCAGCUCUGCCUGUCUGUGCUGUCGUCCCUUCUCGCACUGGCCUGGGCUGCGGAGCCGCUGGGCCAGGGCGCCCCCUGCUCCUCUCUGGUGGCGGGGGUCCUGUACGGCUCCUUCUCGCUCAGGGACCUCUUCCCCAGCCCCCUGGCCCUGGCCUCCGGCUGCUCCUGGACGGUGGAGAACCCCGACCCCACCAAGUACUCCCUCUACUUCCGCUUUAAUCGCCACGCCGGGGUGUGUCUGGCCUUCUCUCCGCUUGUCCUGCCUCUGGACCACUACCUGCCCAACCAAACGUGUGGCCCACCUCAGCAGCCACUUGACCCGGAGGCUGUGGAGCUGUGCCUCGUCCCUGGUCCUCACACCUUCCUGCAGUUCGACAAGAACUUUGUGCAACUGUGCCUCAGUGCUCACCCGGGCCGAGAAUCCGAAGAAGGUGACGAGAGGUCAGCAGAAGCGAAGGUGCCUCUGUCCACCGAGACUCUGGACUUUAGGCUAGUGGAAGUGUUGCUGAUCAACAAUGAGAACUCCAGCCAAUUCACCUGUGGAGUGCUGUGUCGCUGGUUUGAGGAGUGCCUGCGCUCCGGCUGGGGCUCGGGCCAGGACAGCGUGGGCUGUAGCAUCACCCAGACGGGCUGCGUGUGUCCCAAUGCUGGCCCACCGGUCCCACUGCUGCCCGCCACUCCCCACAACCGCUCUUUGGAUCCCAGUUCCAGUGUGCUGCUGCCCCCGCCAGACGACUGCUGCGUCACCCAGCUGCAUUCCAAGAAUGCCAUCGCCAUAGCACCCCGGGAUGUGCGGCAAGAUCCCGACGAUGAUGAGCAGAAGGUGAAGACCCAGAGGCCCAGGUCAGCUGACCAGCCGGGAGUGUUCCAGGCUCAGACAGGUGACCCAGCAGCGGAGGAGUGGUCCCAGUGGAGUGUGUGUUCACUCACGUGUGGGCAGGGCUGGCAGGUGCGUACGCGUUCCUGUGUGUCCUCUCCGUACGGGACGCUGUGCAGCGGCCCGCUGAGAGAGACGCGCCUCUGCAACAACACUGCCACCUGCCCAGGUGAGCCUCAGCAUCAAGCAGUGCAUGGGCUGUGGGAGGAAUGGUCUCCGUGGAGCCUGUGUUCAGUCACGUGUGGACGUGGCUCGCGGACGCGGAGCAGGAGCUGUGUGGCCGCUCAGCGUGGAGGCAAGGGCUGCGGAGGGCCCGAGGUGCAGACCAAACUCUGCAAUAUAGCUGUGUGCCCUGUGGAGGGUCAGUGGUUGGACUGGUCUCCGUGGUCUCGGUGUUCUGUAUCCUGUGGUGUGGGGUCUCAGCAGAGGCAGCGGCGCUGCAGCGUCUCUGUGCACGGCUGGGCCGAGUGCAAGGGUCCGCAUGCAGAAACGCGAGACUGCACUAACCCGUCUUGCGGGGGUGGGGGUAACUGGGGGGCAUGGAAUCACUGGAGUCUAUGCUCUAAAACAUGUGACUCGGGCUGGCAGCGCCGCUUCCGCAUGUGUGAGAGCACAGGGGCCCAGGAUUACCCCUGCGAUGGGGAUGGGGAGGAGGUGCGUGCCUGCAACGACAAGAAAUGCCCAGCACCUCAUGAGAUCUGCAGAGAUGAGUACCAGGUCUCUAUGACAUGGAAGAGAGCUUCAGCUGGAGAGACUGUCUACAACAAGUGUCCAUCAAAUGCCACUGGAUCUGCUAGUCGUCGUUGUUUGCUGGACAAUAAUGGAGUUGCUUACUGGGGUCCUCCGAGCUUCGCCCGAUGCAUCUCACUUGAGUAUAGAUAUUUACAUUUAUCUUUACGAGAGCAUCUUGCGAAGGGUCAGAGGACCCUGGCAGGGGAGGGCAUGUCUCAGAUCGUGAGGAGUCUCCUGGAGUUAAUGUCCCGUCGCAGCUAUUACAGCGGUGACCUCUUAUUCUCCGUGGAGAUUCUCCGAAAUGUGACGGACACCUUCAAGCGAGCAACCUACAUCCCAGCUCCCGACGACGUGCAGAAAUUCUUCCAGAUAGUCAGCUUAAUGUUGGACAUGGAAAACCUUGAGAAAUGGGAAGAUGCUCACCAGGUCUCUCCAGGUGCAGUGCUGCUAAUGCGAGUCGUAGAAGACUUCAUCCAUCACAUCGGGGAGGCUCAGAAGCCUUUCCAGAGUUUUCUGGUCGUCACCACUAACCUCAUUAUCACUAUCCAGCGUGAGCCGGUGUCGGCCGUCUCCAGCGACAUCAACUUCCCUAUGAAGGGAAGGCGGGGGAUGAAGGACUGGGCGCGGUCGGCGGAGGACAAACUCUUCAUCCCCAAGGAGAUCUUCACUCUGUCCUCUGAUGAAUCAGAUGAGGCGUCUUACUUUGUCAUCGGAGCGAUCCUGUACCGCACCCUUGGCUUCAUCCUGCCAGCACCCAAAGAUCCACUGGUGAUCAGCUCGAAGAUUUUGACAGUGACAGUGCGUCCUUUACCCAAACCCACUGAGCCUGUGGUAGUGGUGGAACUGGCGCCUCUGCUGAAUGGCACGUCAGACCCACAAUGUGUUGUCUGGGACCAAAGCAGCCCAGAGGCUGGCGAGGAAAACUGGGACACGGAGGGCUGCCAAACACUCCCGUCCCCGGCAGUCCACACCAAAUGUCUCUGCAGCAAGAUCUCCACCUUUGCAGUGUUAGCACAGAAAGCUAAAGACCCGGACAUGGGACCCUCCAGCAUGCCCUCCGUACCCCUCAUGGUGGGCUGUGGGGUGUCCUGUACUGCUCUGCUGAUUCUGCUGCUCAUCUAUGCUGCCUUCUGGAGGUACAUCCGCUCAGAGAGGUCCAUCAUUUUGGUGAACUUCUGCCUGUCCAUACUGGCCUCCAACGUGCUAAUACUAGUGGGACAGUCCCAGACACUCAGCAAGGGGCUGUGCACUGUGACCGCUGCCUUUCUGCAUUUCUUCUUUCUGGCCUCUUUCUGCUGGGUGCUGACGGAGGCGUGGCAGUCUUACCUUGCCGUGAUUGGCAAGAUGAGGACACGCCUCAUUCGCAAGCGUUUCCUGUGCCUGGGCUGGGGCCUGCCAGCCCUCGUUGUUGCUGUAUCUGUAGGAUUCACUAGAGCUAGAGGUUACGGCACAGCAAGCUACUGCUGGUUGUCUCUGGAAGGGGGUCUGCUCUACGCUUUCGUUGGUCCUGCUGCUGUCAUUGUUCUGGUGAACAUGCUCAUUGGAAUAGUGGUCUUCAACAAGCUCAUGUCUAGAGAUGGAAUCUCAGACAAAUCCAAAAAGCAGAGAGCAGGUCCACCGCUGGAGGCUCGUAGCAGACUGCUCCUCAAAUGCUCCAAGUGUGGGGUCAUCUCCAGCACCGCUAUGUCCAGCUCCACCGCCAGCAGCGCCAUGGCGUCAUUAUGGAGCUCGUGUGUGGUGCUCCCCCUGCUGGCGCUCACGUGGAUGUCGGCAGUGUUAGCCAUCACGGACCGCCGCUCCACUCUCUUCCAGGUGCUCUUUGCUGUCUUCGACUCUGUCCAAGGCUUCGUCAUCAUCACUGUCCACUGUGCCAUGCGCCGAGAGGUGCAGGAUGCAGUGCGCUGUCGAAUGGGUGGCUGUAAAGAUGACAGUGAGAACUCUCCAGACUCCUGCAAGAACGGCCAGGUGCAGAUCAUGACCGACUUUGAGAAGGAUGUGGACUUGGCCUGUCAAACAGAGAGAGGACAUCCAUUCAUCUUUAAGGAGGUGAACACCUGUAACCCAGCAACCAUCACUGGCACCCUGUCCCGGAUCUCGCUGGACGACGAGGAUGACCCCAAGCUGGCAGCCCAUCAAGAAGGGGUCAACUUCAGUAGUCUACCAGGGAACAUCCCACCCCCCAACCUGCUGGUGCAGGUGCCCCCUGUGGCCCCCCUCAACGAGCUCAGUGAGCAGCCCCUGAAGAAGGAGGUGAACGUGGAGCAGGGCGGACAGCAGCAGCGUCAGCGCUCCGGCCCCGUCUACCUGUGCACCGAGAGUGGCCUGGGCUGGGCCCGGCCGCCACCUUCUGCUUCAGAGCCAACGGGGGGAGGCGGCGGUGGGGGGGCCGGGGAAGGGGACUACAUGGUCCUGCCGCGGCGGACAGUCAGCCUCAAACCCCCUCCUCCUCCGCCCCAGGACGAGGGCAAGCCCCUAAACAUCACAGUGGAUGACCCACCCUUCCCCCCGCCCCCUUCCCCCCUGACCCUGCACCCGGCCGAGAGCGAGGCCUACCCCGCGGACUUCGCCGCCGUAGACCACAUCAGCAUGAACCUGAACCGCUCCUAUGGCACGCUCAAGCAGCUGCCCGCCCACGCCAACACCCACAACACGCUGCAGGUGAAGCAGGGCCGGCCAUCCGUCCGGCACAUCCUCACCUCGGGAACGGUGGAGCGCACCAGGACCCUGCCCCGCAACCUGGGCAGCACCAACACCAGCCUCUCUGCCGGAUCCCUAGAAAGGAAAAGAGUACGGUACUCUGAACUGGAUUUCGAGAAAGUGAUGCACACUCGCAAAAGACACUCAGAGCUCUACCAUGAACUCAACCACUCCACCAAGUUCCACACCAUAGAUAGGUAUAACAGGGACCCUGCCAUGUCCACAUUCAAGAGGGAAAAGCGAUGGAGCAUUUCAUCUGCCGGAGGUGAAAAGAACUCUUCGAGUGAUAAGUCCACCUCGGACGAGCAGCGCUCCUGGGACAGCUUUAAGACCAUGACCCCCGAGCCUUCGUGUGGCUCCAGCGGUCAGAAGGACAGAGUGGAGCUGCACAGUAAGACAUGGGACGCUUCCUCCGCAAACACUCCGGACACAUCCGAGGGAGACUUCCAGACUGAAGUGUGAGGGAAAAAAACACAUGCAUUUCCAAACAAACACUCAUACAAACACAUCCAUGGCGUGACUUUCUACCCAGAGGAGAAUCUAAAGGAUUAUACACUUGUUUACCACUGACGGGACAGACCAGAAAAAAAAACAGAAAAAAGACUCUAUUCUAUUCCUAUAUUUUCACAAGGACGCUUUCAAUGAAAGAGAGGGGGCUUGAAGAGUAUAUGGGGAGAAUUUUUAACAAACUGUUUCUGAAAUGUCUUGAUUUUACUUCGGAAAAGGAUUCUCUUUCACCUGUUUGAUGAUUUGGAAAUUAUGAAAAAAAAAGAAAAAAAAAUAUUUCUGCACCAUUCUUUUUAUAGA